UGCGCACGCUCAGACAACUUGGACUCUCCCUCCCGUCCCGUCCCCAGCCGCGGGGCGGUAACCGGAGAGUCCCGCCCGGUCCUGGAUUCCACGCCGAGUCUGGGUAGCUGAGUGGAAGCCGCGGGAGGUUACUGCUCGUCCUUACUCUGGUCUACACUCUUCCUAGCCAAGCGGAGCGCGGCGGCGGCGGCUGCGAGCGGGGUCCACCAUGGCCGCGAACUAUUCCAGUACAAGUACCAGGAAAGAGCAUGUCAAAAUAACAUCCGAUGCCCAGCCAGGCUUUCUGGAGAGGCUGAGCGAGACCUCUGGUGGCGUGUUUGUGGGCCUCGUGACCUUCCUGCUCUCCUUCUACUUAAUUUUCACCAAUGAGGGCCGUGCAUUAAAGACAGCCACCUCACUGGCAGAGGGGCUCUCACUGGUGGUAUCACCCGACAGCAUUCACACUGUGGCUCCGGAGAAUGAAGGGAGGCUGGUGCAUAUCAUCGGGGCCCUGCGGACGUCUAAGCUCUUGUCUGACCCAAACUAUGGGGUGAAUCUUCCGGCUGUGAAACUGCGUCGACAUGUGGAGAUGUACCAGUGGGUAGAAACAGAGGAGUCCAGGGAGUACACAGAAGAUGGGCAGGUGAAGAAGGAGACGAAAUACUCCUACAAUCCUGAGUGGAGGUCGGAAAUCAUCAAUAGCAAAAACUUUGACCGAGAGAUUGGCCAUAAAAACCCCAGUGCCAUGGCAGUAGAGUCUUUCACAGCUACAGCCCCCUUUGUCCAGAUUGGCAGGUUUUUUCUCUCUGCAGGCCUCAUUGACAAAAUUGACAAUUUCAAGCCACUGAGCCUGGCCAAGCUAGAGGACCCUCAUGUGGACAUCAUUCGCCGUGGAGACUUUUUCUACCACAGUGAAAACCCCAAGUACCCAGAGGUUGGCGACCUGCGUGUCUGCUUUUCCUACGCGGGACUGAGCAGUGAUGACCCUGACUUGGGCCCAGCUCAUGUGGUCACUGUGAUUGCCCGGCAGCGGGGUGACCAGCUAGUCCCAUACUCUACCAAGUCUGGGGAGACCUUGUUGCUCUUGCAUCAUGGGGACUUCUCAGCAGAGGAGGUGUUCCGUAGAGAACAGAAGAGCAACUCCUUGAAGACAUGGGGCCUACGGGCGGCUGGCUGGAUGGCCAUGUUCAUGGGCCUCAACCUUAUGACUCGGAUCCUCUAUACCCUGGUGGACUGGUUUCCUGUCUUCCGGGAUCUGGUCAACAUUGGCUUGAAGGCUUUUGCCUUCUGCAUGGCUACCUCACUGACCCUGCUGACCGUGGCUGCUGGCUGGCUCUUCUACCGACCAUUGUGGGCCGCCCUCAUAGGCUGUCUGGCCCUGGUACCCAUCAUCAUUGCACGGACCCGAGUGCCUGCUAAAAAGCUAGAGUGAAGGAGACCUGAACACCUGCCCAACCCGUGUGGACCUCAGCGUCCAGGUCACUCUGGCUGCUGUCCAGCUUCAUGGCACAAGACUGCAUACCCAACUCUUAGAGGGGCCAGCGGUGAUAGCAUGCACGUCAAGUUUGGUGGUGUGUCUCACAUCUUCCUCAGCCUUUUUCUUACCAGAAUGCAGCUUUGGUGGGCAGCAGCAACAGCUCGAGGACAGCGACCCAGCAAGUGCUGCCCUGCUUAUUUCCUCCCCUCUCUUGGCUGAGUGGGUGUGGUAGGCAGGCACUUCUGAGACAAUGCAGGGACCCUCUGCAGACUUGAUAAUGAGCUCAGCCAUGCUUCCCACUUCUCAUCACUGUAACCAGGCAGCAGGACAGCCACACCCACCAGCCACAUCUGUGACCCUAAAAGGCAGCCUUCAUCCAGUACUGCUAGCUUCACUGGAUUAGAGACUACAUGGCCAGGUGAAGCAGGCAGACCUGAAGCCAAAUUUGCGCUUAGAACUUGAUUCGGUACCUAACAGAACACCAAAAAUGUGGUGAUGGAGAAAUGGCAUUUGCUGGGCUUUAUGUUCACUGUAUAGUUUGGCUGAACAUUACUUAGCAUGUGUGAGCCCUCCAAGGCCUUAAUUCUUUUGUUCCAUGUUCUCAUGAACUCUUUCCUAAGGACUGAGGAUUUAAAAUUCAGGCUUGGAGCCGGGCGUGGUGGCACAUGCCUUUAAUCUCAGCACUUGGGAGGCAUAGGUAGUAGGAUCGCUGUGAGUUUGAGGCCACCCUGAGACUACAUAGUGAAUUCCAGGUCAGUCUGAGCAUAAG